GUGAAGAGCGUGUGCAGCACCCCCGAAGACGACUGACUUCAUUCCCUUGAGCAGUCGCAAUAUUUCUCAUGGUUUGAAGCAUAAAGCCACUAACCCAUCCACCUCUGCCUACGAGAAAUUUCUUAGGUGCUCAUAAGCCUUCAUGUUUGGGCUGACACGUUCCGCCUGCUUCCCUCCGCAGUGCGGUGUCGCUGAACGAGGAGCGCCGAGACCUAUUCCUGUCCCAUCUGGACUACUGGCGACAGCAACUCUGUUUUUCCCUAUUUCAUAAUGUUUCCCAAUCGAGGAUUCGAUCCUUUCCCUCAGCAGCCCGAAACUCUCGGAAAAGAAGGUGGCAUGUCAAGCCAAACCGUCCCAUCUUCACACACCGAAGCGACCGAGCAGCGUACCUACACCACGGUCGGUUCAAUUUACAACCCGAAGGCGACAACACCGCUCCAGCCGCCAACCCGCCGUGCGAGGGCACGUCGAUUUCCACAACCCCUUCGAUCGCCAACUGGAGAGUCCUUCUUACCGUUUCCGGACGCUUUACUCUCGACGUUAUCUCUCAACGACACGGCGCCUGCCUCGCCUCCGGCAACAACAGCGACUCAUCAGCAGUACUCUCCACUCCAGCAAAACUACGAUCGAGCAGUUAGCCCCAUACCAGAACCGAGCAAGUCUGUAGCCACAACUGGUAUUCCGAUGCCCAGCCUUCGUUCAGGUAACUUACCUCUACCCGGAGGCAUUGAAGGCGACGACAGCAGUGCUUCCGAAGACACACUGGCUUCGUCCCGCAUCACCGUCAAAGGACUUACCAACCUGGCCUCCUACCCCAAUCCGAUGCAAAAGGCUGCUCAGAAAGCCCUGGCAAGAGCUCGAAAUGGCAAUCCUGGUCUCAGUCGUCCGGACACCCCUUCUUUUCCAUCUAUGACCCCGGACUUGAGCAAGGAUCGCCUGGCUAAUAAUUCAUACGGCUCAGCGGCCGCCGCGGCCGGACCACCAAAGCCUCUGACAGCAGGCCCACCAGGUCAUCGACAGUUCAGGCCGUCGACCUUCGAGGCAGCAUCUAGGAUUCUCCGUCCAGAGGAACCGAUUGUUUAUGCCCCGCAGACAACUAGGCCUUUCGAGUUCAAGCCCUCGACUGCCCCAUCGUACAAUGGCGGCAACACUUCCCUGAGCGAGUUCGACCACAUUAGCGCAAAUCCAGGUCCAAGCCGUCCCGCACCUUUCACCCCCGGAAGAGAUCAUGGCCCCGUCUCCCGAACACUCCCAAGCCCUACAAAAUCUCCGCUGCUCACCGAAGCACUCUCUGCUGCUGUGCCCACGGAGGUCUUCUAUAGUACUCAACAGCGCAAAGUUCACGAUACCCUUCCCUUUGAGAGGAUCAAGGAGUACUUCCCUAACAGCUUGCCCUCCAACUACGAUGGUCGCUACACGCCGAUAGCAGGAGAUUGGUUCGAAGAAUACCCAGUCGGGAAGCUCAUGUCCUCAGGCGAGAACUAUUCGUCAGAAGCGAGCAGAAUCAACAGACAAUUCUACUCUGGCAUAGAGCGGAUUCUCAGAGAACAAGUCCAGCGUGAGCGUAACGACUCCUGCAUCUCGCCGGCAAAAAGCGUCGGCGUAAUUGGCGAGGAGCGCUUACGGCUUCACGGAAGCCAAACCGAGAAACGGGAGGCGAAGACCAGUGAUGAGGCGCCACACCAGCCGAGGGAGGCAACAGCCGCACCUGCGGCCGAAAAUGACGAUGCGAGCGCUCUGAUGGACCUGGCCUAUGCCACGCUGCUUAGGUACAAGGCGCAGAGAGACCCGAACACGUCCGCUCAGAACCCAUGGCCCGCUGGAUUCGUCCCGGCCGAGGAGGCGUGGGUGGACAGCAGUGAGGAGGCACAAAACAGCUUCUUUGACGAGCCUAAGGAGGUUAAGAAGAAGAAGGCCUCGAGGAGGCAGAGACUGGGAUACUAAGACGAAAUGACGAUGGCGGUCGACAUGGAAGGGCAGAAAGUAAGGGUUUUCGCCGGCAUGGAUUCUCGCUGAAGACGGGGGAAUUAGAGGCGACUUGCUUAAGGGACGCUGUUCUGCUUGUGGAUGACGAGCGGUUAUGGCUGAAGCGAUACCCUAGCUGCGUACGCCAUCGGGGAAUAUCUUCGCUUUUGUUGGCUGUUCCUUCCCUUCCUGCACCGUACGUCGUCGCAUUUGUAUGUUUACAUACCGGUACCGAGUUAGACCGGGCAGGGUCUAUUUCGCCGCGCGCUGCUUUUGUUUUCUUUUGCUUCGGCAAACUCAGAUGUAG